UUAAACAUAAGCUACAACACAAAUACCUUUACAGGAAGUCUACAGGGCAAAAAAACCUGGAUAUUUCCUGCUUCUCCCUUGUUCCCAAUUUGGUCCUUUUUCCUGCUUCCGUUCAUUUUUUUUUCCAGCAAGCCUCUGUUGCUAAAUAGCCUGGGGCUUUCCAUUCCACUUCCUUUUUUGCCCUGGAGAUCCUGGAGAUCUGCUCACAGCUUUGCAACUGUCCAAUCUAUUCAAACUCCAGGGGAGAUUCCACCCCCUCCCACAGUUUGUUUCAAAUUGUGACUUUAAAUCUUGAUUUCUAAACGAGAUUUAUUUUCAAUACCUUGAUCUGAACUCAUUGGUAUGACUUUAAGUUUAUCACCACCCUGAAAAUCAAUACAUGUGAAAAAACCCACCACAGUGAUGGUUAAAGCUGCAGAGUUCAAAGCUGUUAAUUGAUUGGAUCCACACCACUUGGGAUUAAAUCACAUUUUCUGUGCCGGCAUUUAACGCAAGCAUCCCUUUCUUUGCAUUUGCUUGUGAGCAGGUUUAUGCAGUGGAGACUUUCAAUUUUCUUAAUCUUCACCUUCCCAACAAGGGUUGGGUCAUAUAAAAGAAAGAGACAUUAUUAUUAUUAUUUGGGGAGGGGCUUUUAUAAACUGGUCUGGCUUGAGUAUCUCUAAAGAACCUACUGGUAAGUAGUGCUGGUCUCCACUCCCCCAGCCCCAAAUGGGCCAGGUAGGUAGGGUGGGCUAUAAUUUAAUCGGGGAGGGAGAAUGUUGUUUAAACAAGCCACAUUGUGUGAUCGCACAUUGUUUCUGGAUUUGGGCGUUCUACCUCAAAGAAAGGUUUGCAUUUGUUUGAGGUUCAGGAAUCUUGAUUUUUAUUUAAAUACUUUCUAAGUUUGCCUCUCUUUUUUUUCUCCCUUACAUCUGAAAGCAUCUUGUUUUCCUUUUCAUUUAAACCCCUGGAGAAAAAACAGGAAGACUCAGAUGGAUAAGAAAAAGAAACACUAAAUACUUUAUUGAGAUUCUUUUCAAGAGCUUCCGUCUGAGUAUUUAAAGGAACUGGGAAGUCUCUUUCUAUCUGCAUACACACAUACAGGCACAUUUAUCAAAUUCAGUUGCAAAAUAUGGACACUUUGGGGUUUCACAAAAGUCUUGAUUGGGGGGAGUGUGGGGGGAGAGAAAUCUCCCUAAACCAACAGAGUGGUUAAAUCUCCUUCCAUUGUGAGCUGCCUUUGUAGCCCAUCAUCCGUCUUAUGCACUUCCUCUCCAUCUGAGGAAGUUGUCAGCACAGCACUCUGAAAAAAGUCCAGGGCAACUUGAGAUAGAAACACCCCUUUACGUCCAGGAUAAGCCAAGAUUAAACAGAAACUAAAAUAGCAAGUUAAUUCGUUGUCUGUAAGGAACUAGAGGAGGGGUGGUCCAACCUUGGCAACAUUUAAGACUUGUGGACUUCAACCUCUGGAAAUUGGAGUCCACAAGUCUUAGAACUGCUAGGGUUGGACACCCCAGAACCAGAGAAAUAAAACGUGUGCUUUUUUAAAAUAUAUAUAGAUAAAGUAUUGGAAGGGUACAAAACCAUUAGUUUUUUUAGGCAGCCACUAAACCUGGUUAGGAUCCGUAUUAGCCAUCCAGUGAAAGUGAGAACCUUGCAAGAGUGAUUGCAUAGGCCACCCCUGUUGGACAACUAAGGAGGAAAUGAGUACACUCAACUAUUUCCCCAAGGGGAGGAGGGAAAAAAACUUGGAGUUUCCAGGCAGGUAACAUCCCUGGGUAUAUAACAGGAGGCAGGUAUCAAGGUGUCUCAGAUCACUCCUCUUGCAACGGGCUUCUUGCUUCAGAGCGGCAGCUGAGAACUGAAAAGGGACUCGGAGCAUCCUUCUCUGCCUCUUUCGCCAAGAUGUGGUCCCUCCUGGUUGCCCUUCUGUGCCUCGCCUGGGCAGAUGCCAAGCACGUGGGGUGCUUCACCGCAGAGGAACUGGGGAACGACCCGAUUCCGACGCAGUUUCGGAACUGGGUCUCCUUGUUGCAACACCAAGACUGUGUGCAGCUGGUCCCGUUCCUGGAGAAUGAGCAGAGCAGCCGCCCCCACGCACGGAGGCAUCACAGCCACAGCUGUCCGAACCUGAAGCUCCAGGAUAUGCAGACUGGCGAACUGCACAAGCGCUCCAUCUCGCCCUGGACAUACCACAUUGAUGAAGAUGAGAACCGGUUCCCCCGCCUGCUGGCCUUCGCCAGGUGCAGCUGCAAAGGUUGCAUCGAUAGCAUUUCAGGCCAGGAGACCACCUCCCUCAACUCGGUGGAAGUCUUCCAGAGAACCAUGGUCUUUCGCCGUAAGGCCUGCCCGCAGAACAGCGGCAGCGUGGAGAGGUUCUUCUUCGAGAAGGAUUACAUCGACGUGCCCGUGGCCUGUACCUGUGCCUUCCCACGUUAUAGCAGCUGAGCAGACUCCAGGCUGGUCCCUGGGGCUUCGGUCCGCGUCCCUCAUUCCUCCAGCUUCCUCAGGAACAGUUGUCUUUGUUUUAAAGAAUUGGUGCUUUGCAGCCGGUGGCUGCCACCCCCCUCCUCUGGGGAGGGCAAGGCUGGCCUGGACCCCCCCUCCCCUCCCCUCGAGGGGCCAUCCAGCCAGAAGCUCCUUAAAAAGCAUUUUACUCUCUUAAGGAGAUACCAACAGAUGAAAAGGAAUGCUUGCUUAUUUAUUUGUAUUUAUGUUAACGUAUUUUUGAGAUGUUCAAGUGCUUCAAGCUAUUAUAUUUAUUACUCCUGAUGAAAGUCGCACCAAUUGGCAGAAGAAGCCUUCCCUACACCUUUGUGUCCCUUUUGUGGGGGGGAAGUAUUCUUUCCUGUCCCAGGGCCACCCCAGCACCCCAACAUUCUGAGCCUGCACAAGGCAGGGCGAGCCCUGAUCUGCCUUCCAGGGUGUGUGUUGGGGAUCUUCUGGGUCUCCUUCUCAGAAGGGAGAUGUUGGAUGUGAGGCUCUGCCUUUGUUUUAUCUCGAAGGUGGGCUGAGCUGGGACCUGGCUGGCCCCCAACCCUCCCCCCAAAAUCCCAGGAGCUGCUAUGACUGGAUUGUAGCAGGUCCCUUCCUGGUCUUCCCCAGGUGGCUCUCUUGGCUGAGCUUCACAGGUGCUCCCUGGGAUAAACCUGGUUGGGGGUGGGGUGCGUUGCCCUCAAUCUGGGUUUGCCUCCCACCCAUUUAUUUCUUUGUUCUAAUGACCUUUGCUCCCCUCUUGUAUUGUAAAGUGAUUUAAAUUAUUGGAUUAUUUAUAUGUAUUUAUUGUAAUGUGAUACAAUAUUUAUUGUUCCUUGGGAUUGGA